AUGGUCAUCCUCAAGACCCAAUCCGAGUUUGGAUACGCUCCUCCUCCGCAGACUCCCUACAGCGUCAUCUCCAACCUCCCCGGCUGGGACGUCGCCCGGGCCAUUCGUGAUGGUGAUCAUGGACCUUUGGAGAGGGUUGUUCACAUAUAUCCUCGCUUUGCACCCACGCACUUUUCCGCGCUGCUCGGUCAAGAGAUUGCAAAGUGCGUUGGUCAAGAGGGAAAAGCCGCUCUAGUCUACCUCAACCCGGCUCUAUGGCCUUAUACGCUCCGGCAUAUUACUCUCGAGAGUCGCGGCAAACAUCGCAUGAAAGCUGAGGAUGUAUCUCUCAGAUGCGUCGAGAUUGCGGGCCAUCGCGUGUACACCAUCUUUGUUGAGCCACAGCACAUGCCCACCAUGAUGCCCACAUGGCAGCACCCGGGCCUGGGCAUCUCUAUCCGUGGAGCAGAGCAUCUCUUGAAGGGGGCUGAUAGUAUCAAGGAAGUGUCUAUUGAGAGUGACGUUCUGCCGGCGCCAACAUGGACGCCCGAGGGUCCGGCGCAUCAGGGUAUCCGAGAGAGAAUCGUUGAACUCCUCAAGCGAGCCCCGUUGGACGUAGACAAGGUCAAGUGCGCGCCUGGCGACGUGUUUCUGUACCCAACAGGCAUGGCAGCCAUCUUCCAUUCGAGCAACCUCCUGAUGGAACACCGUCCUGGCACCAUCGUCGUUCUGGGCGUCAUCUUCCACAAUACCUACCACCACCUUAUCGAGGAGAGUCCCCACGGAUGGAAGCACUUUGGCCAGGUUGACAAUGAAGCUCUCUCAGCGAUGGAGGAGUGGCUUGAGGAGGAAAAGAAAGCCGGGAGGCCUGUCAGCUACGUGUUUGUCGAAAUCCCCGGAAAUCCUACUCUUGAUACCCCUGACAUGCACCGUCUGAAGAAGCUGUCUGAGAAAUAUGGCUUCGUCCUCAUCGUCGACGACACAGUCAGCGGCUUCGCCAACGUCGACGUCCUACCCCAGUCCGACUUUCUCCUAACAUCCCUCACAAAGUCCUUCAGCGGCCAGUCCAACGUCAUGGGCGGCUCCAUCGUCCUCAACCCUCUAUCGCCCAAGUAUGACGUCUUGAAGCCCUUGUUUAAAGAAACGCACCACAACGAGCUCUUUGCUUCGGAUGCAGAGGUUCUGCUGUCCAACUCGCACGACUUUCUCGAGCGCACAAAGAUCCUCAAUCGCAACGCUUUUGCUAUGGCCAAGUUCCUCCACGAUGCAAAGGAAGCCCCUGACUCGCCCAUCAUCAACGUGCAGUACCCAGGUCUCCUACCCAGCAAGCCCGAGUACGACGCCGUCAUGCGUCGGGGAACGCCCGAGCUCCCCGAGCCAGGCUAUGGAUGUCUCCUGACGGUUGAGUUCAGCGACGUUGAGUGCGCCAUGGCCUUCUAUCACCGCUGCGGCUUCUAUCCCAGUCCACACCUCGGUGGGCACGUUACAAUCAUGUUUGCUUAUAACAUGACUGUCUUUGGAAAGAAGGUCGAAGAGAGGGAGUAUAUGCGUGGCUUGGGCGUCAAGGAGGAGAGUGUCCGGAUUUCAGCUGGUCUUGAAGAUGAAGGUGACUUGAUUGACACCGUGAGGGAUGCUUUGGAGGCGGCUAUUGAGGCCAAGAGAGGAUCAAAGUAA